GAAAGUAGAGCAAAGAGUGUCACUCCUACUCCUAAAGUGCAGCUGCACGUAGAAGUUUGUGUGGACAGUCACAACUACACCAGCAACAAGGAGGACCACCAUGAAGGAAACCUUUUGCUUUCUUUUGACCCUCUUGUUUGCAUGUGUUGCUGCAAAAAGUGACGCACCCAUAGUCCACACAGCGCUCGGGAGCCUGAAAGGUGACUAUGUGAGUGUGAAGGGGAAGGAGACUGGGGUCUAUGCCUACCUGAGUGUCCCCUUUGCCAAGCCCCCCCUUGGCCCUGCUCUGAGACUGUCUGCACCCCAGGAUGUGGACAGGUGGGAAGGUGUGAGAGACGACCAGCAGCCUCCCAUGUGCAUGCAAAGUAGACAGAUUCUUCAAGAUGUGUCUGAUCUGCUCGGCGGGUUAAUUACAGAAAUUCCUGACGUUUCCGAAGACUGCCUUUACCUCAACAUUUAUACUCCUGAGAGCAGAGCUCAUGAUGCUAAACUCCCAGUUAUGGUGUGGAUCCAUGGUGGCGGGUUUGCUAUUGGAUCAGCUUCAUCGUAUGAUGGAUCUGCCUUUGCUGCUUAUCAGGAUGUGGUGGUGGUUCUGAUCCAGUAUCGCUUGGGAAUUUUGGGCUUUUCCAGCACAGGAGAUGAGCACAUGUCCGGUAACUUUGGCUUGCUGGAUCAGGUCCAAGCACUCCGCUGGGUCCAGAAGCACAUUCACAACUUUGGAGGAGACCCAUCUUCUGUGACCAUAUCUGGAGAGUCUGCUGGCGGAGUGAGCGUUUCCCUGCUGCUUCUCUCACCUUUGUCCCACGGCCUGAUCCACCGAGCCAUCGCUCAAAGCGGCACUGCUGCAAUGGACGCAUUAGUGACGAAUGAUCCUCUGCCCGUAACCAAGGCUAUCGCCAAUAGAACAGGAUGUAACAUUGAGAGUACACAACACAUCGCUGACUGCUUGAAAAACCUGGAUCUGGACACCAUUUUGAAAAUUACGGAACAGGAAAAAACGAUGAGAAUUAACAUUAAUAUCGACGGAGUCUUCCUGAAAAAACCUGUGAAUGAGCUGUUUGAGAAACAGGAAAUUCUGAAAGUACCUUUCAUGACUGGUGUCAACGAUCACGAAGGCGGCUGGUUGCUUCCUGCUUUCAUGGCUCCUCCAAACUGGACUGAAGGAAUGGACCGAGAGCAGAUUGUUAACGGGUUUUCUGUCUUUAACUCCAAACCUGAAGAAUCCAUCAUCACGGAUCUGUUGGUAGAUGAAUAUGUCGGAGUUGGCGAAGACCGUGUAAAAAAUAGAGAUGCUUUUACCGAGAUGCUGGGAGAUAUGCUGUUUGUCAUUCCUGCCAUUAAGACUGCAAAUGCUCACAGAGAUGCAGGUGUCCCAGUGUACUUGUACGAGUACCAGCAUGCCCCUCACUUUUUGAGAGCUCGUAGGCCAAGCUUUGUUAAGAGUGAUCAUGGAGACGAGAUUUUCACCGUUUUCGGAUUUUGCUUUACCACGACCCACAUCCGAUUAACUGAUGCAUGUCCGGAAGAGGAAGAAGUACUUAGCAAGACUUUGAUGAGUUACUGGGGUGCCUUUGCUCGCACAGGGUCUCCUAAUGGGGAUGGACUUGCUCACUGGCCAAACUAUGGAGGAGAAGAACACUUCCUGGCAAUAAGUGAAAAGAAGCAAGUCACUGGUCAGCACUUGAAACAGUCUCGCUUUGUCUUCAUGACUCAGAUCCUGCCAGAGAAAUUUCGACUGCAUCUGGAGAAGCUGGAGCGCAGUGAACUGUAGCAGACAGACAUCAUUUCAACCCGAUGAUCGAUCGUGAUGCAUUUACUGGAGGUGGUUAAACUGAUGAACAAUAGUUAGGUAGAUACUUUAUUGAUCCUGCAGGAAAUACUAAAAAAUCAAUGCAAUUGUAUGAAAGUUUGAAAAAAGAUAUUUUCAUUGACUGUAAGAGACGUGCACUUUUUAGUCCUAAAAAUGCUAUUCCAAAAAAAUAAAGAAUUGAACGGGUAAA